UGGUGUUCAGAUCCCAAAGUCCCGGAUGAAAAUGUGCUAUAUAUUAUCUAGAGCGGGAGGCGGGUUCCGUAUUCGAAGCUAGCAGUUCUUGCGCGGUAUUAUCUUGUUUGUUUUGGAGUUGCUGUCGUUAAAAUUGACCAGUAGUAUUAAACAUGGCUGGUGGCAAAGCAGGAAAAGACUCUGGAAAGACCAAAACCAAGGCUAUUUCGCGCUCACAGAGAGCAGGGCUGCAGUUCCCCGUGGGUCGUAUCCACAGACAUCUGAAGUCAAGAACCACCAGCCACGGCAGAGUGGGAGCCACCGCGGCGGUAUACAGCGCCGCUAUCCUUGAAUACCUCACCGCUGAGGUGCUGGAGUUGGCAGGAAACGCCUCAAAGGAUCUGAAGGUAAAGCGUAUCACUCCUCGCCACUUGCAGCUGGCCAUCAGAGGAGAUGAGGAGUUGGACUCACUCAUUAAAGCUACUAUUGCUGGAGGAGGUACGUUUUAUUUAAUUCAUCGCAUUUCCUUAGUUUGAAUAUUAAAACAGCCA